GCAGCUCUGGGCUAUGGCCAGGCUGUGCUCACCUCUGCUGGCCAGCUUCUGGGGCAAGAGAAUUCCAAAAUAACAACAAUUUGAGUGCUUGGACCAAGGCCAUGCAGCAGCGCUGGGGUGUCCCACAGGCUCCCAGCAGGUGGAUUCAGCCCUGCAGCCUUGCUGACCUCCCAGUGCAAGGUGCGUGGCACGUGUUCCCUCUGCAUGACGCUGCGUAUUUAUUCACAGCUCUGCGAGAUCGGCUGCGGUGCAUUUUCAUUCUGUGUAUUGUUCUCUGGGGCUGGUGAUACCAUUGCAUUGUGCUGAGUUUUUAUGAGGGAGAGCAGCACUGCUGAUGCGACUCUCAGGGAUCCUACUUUCUACUGGCCCAGGAUAAAAUUCAGUGGUUUAUUCUCUGUUGGACACAUGCGUGUGCAGGAGGCUGGCAUGCUGACAGCGAUGGGGUCAGUGUAGCUGGGACACUGGAAAGCUAUGCAGGAUUCACCCGGCUCCCUGGUGAUGGAUGGCUACUCCAGCAAUGUGCCAGCCUUCCUAACGAAGCUGUGGACGCUGGUGGAAGAUCCCGAAACAAACCACCUCAUCUGCUGGAGUACGAAUGGAACCAGCUUCCAUGUGUUUGACCAAGGACGCUUUGCCAAGGAAGUGCUGCCCAAGUAUUUCAAACACAACAACAUGGCCAGUUUCGUCCGGCAGCUGAACAUGUAUGGCUUCAGGAAGGUGGUGAACAUUGAGCAGGGGGGGCUGGUCAAACCUGAGCGGGACGACACCGAGUUCCAGCACCUCUGCUUCCUGCAGGGCCAUGAGCACCUCCUGGAGCACAUCAAGAGGAAGGUGUCAGUAGUAAAAAGUGAGGAGACCAAGAUGCGCCAGGAGGACCUCAGCAGGUUGCUAUACGAGGUACAGAUCCUGAGAAGUCAGCAGGAGAACAUGGAGUGCCAAAUGCAGGACAUGAAGCAGCAGAAUGAAGUCCUUUGGAGGGAGGUUGUUUCUCUGCGGCAGAACCACUCACAGCAACAGAAGGUGAUCAAUAAGCUGAUUCAGUUUCUGUUUGGCCAGCUCCAAUCAAGCCCUGGCAGCGCUGGGAUAAAGAGGAAGCUGCCUCUGAUGCUUGACAGUGGGUUGUCAGCUCCACAGGUGUCCAAGUUCAGCCGGCAUUUGUCUGUGGACGCCCUCCAUGAUGCCUAUUUCAUACAGUCGCCAUCAACAGAACCCUCCUCCUGUCUGCACAGCCCUGUGGUGGCUGCAGGACCCAUCAUAUCUGAUGUUACUGAAGCAUCACCAUCCAGCGUAAUAAAUAUGCAGUCCCCUCCUGAUAAUGACAGGGAGAAAUGCCUCAUGCUGAUCAAGGAGGAGCCAGCAAGUCCCGGGGUAAAGGCUGCUGCUGAACCCGACAUCCCACUGUCCGGCUGCCGGGCCUGCCCCGAGCCCCCCGUGCUUCCAGUUGCCAUGGUGCAGUCUGUGCUGGAGGGCAAAGGGAGCUGCGGGGUGACCCCCCCAGGAACCUCCCAGCACCCCGAGAGGAGAGGCAGGAGGGCACUGCUGGACAGAACAGAUAUUUCUGACUCACUGGAGGGCCCCGACUGGAGCCUGGAGGGGCUGCAGCUGCUGCUGAGGAGCCAGCAGUAUGGUCUGGAGCCUACCAGCCUCCUGGAUGUCUUCAAUCCAAAUUUACCAAUGAGUGAGUGCAAUUUGGCUGAAGUGGAAGCUGGUCUGUCCCCGAUGCAGCGGCUCACGGUGGAUCUGGAGAAGAAUGCAACCGAGCUGAACUCAAAAGUGUUCAACCCAUCAAUCAGCGGUGCCUGCCCAGGGAAAGACGUCCUUCUUGAAAGCUCCCAGCAGUUCCUCACUGACCGUCAGUCAGUCUUUGGGAAUGACAUCAUAAGCUUGCCUGAAAGUUCAUCGCUGUAUGUUCCAUCUGAAAACAUAGCUUCCUAUUUGUCCUCCGUGGGUGUCCAAAGGGAUAUCCCCUUAAACCUGAGCUCUUCGACUGAUAACAACCAGUGAUAUCGCUUCCAAGGCAUCACCUCCCUCCCACCCACCACCAUCGCAGCACCAUCAUCUCCCUUCCAUCCACAGAAUGUAAAGAAACAAAAGUGACUUAGAAACCUAUGAGAGUUGUUGUGCCCUUUCCUUUUGAGUAGAUAGGAAUGGUCAGUAGCUGCUGCACUGCACACCCUGCUCCUGGCUCUCAGUGUUUGCCCAGGGUAAUAGUUUCAGAACAAAAUGCUGCUUCUGGUGCUUGUUCCUGUGUGGUGCAGGGAUGUGGUGGGAGCUGUUUUUCUUGAAAAUGCUUUUAUAAGUGUCAAAGUUUUAAAGUAAAUUGGAGUGAAAAGUAGCUUGAAAGUUCAUCAGAGAUCUCACAGAACAAAGCGAUCCCAACCGGUGUCUGUGGCAGCAAACUGUAGGGCAGCGCAGGUCAGCUAAGUGACGCAUGACCUUCUGAAUGCCUUUUUUUCAGUAGAUUAGUUUUAAGUGCCAGACCAGUGCUCUAAACAUAUUCUUUUAUUACCUAUUUUCUGUUUUUGGUGGGAUGUAUUUGUGCUUCUCCCUUAUCUUCCCAGGGUGAGCAGGAACAUGAAGCUCCCUCAGGGUGCACUGAAAGGCAGUUUCCUGAGUGAUCCCUCCAAGACGGUGUCUUUGGCUCCCAGGGGAGCUGCAGGCAUCAUGCACCCUGUCACAUCCCAUCCUGAGUUGAAAGGGUUGCUGGUUAUUUUCCCCCCAGUUUAUCUUCUAUAAUGUAAAGGCAGGGCAUCCCAUGCUUUAAUUCUUAUAAUAAGGGAUGGAGUCUCCUGCAUACACAGUUUUUAUUUCCAAAGAGGACUGGCUUUUGUGCUGGAGAAAUACUUCAUGUCCAGUCCAGUGGUAUUUCUCCUUGGCCUUGACCUGCUCUAUUUCCCCUGAAGAUGUGUCUGUAGGUUUAUUAAUGUAUGAAAUCUGGUAAACUGAUUUGAUUUGAGCCCCUUUUUAGAAGGACUCUCAGCUUCAGGUACAUUCUCAGUGUUGAACAGAGGCAGAAGAGUUAUCCACUGUGUCCCAAAGACUUUUCUUCUGCCCUCUGUGCAUCUGAAACCAGCCUCUACAUGCCCAUUUAAUCUUCCUCUUUCAUGUGGUUUCUGAUGACUUUCUCAACAAAGCAGAGCUUUGGGAUUUUUAUGCUGUAGGUCUAAUGAGAACAUAUUAUUUAUCUCUGUAUCCUCUAAUUGAGUUGCUUUUCCUUAAGAAAGCAGUGGGACAGACCCAGGAAAUUCAACUAACUCAGGCCUUCCAAGGGCUCAGACAGGGAGGUGUAAACCAUGCCAACACCACUUGAAGAACUGCUCUGCCAACUUUCACUACUGUGAUGAUUCUCGGUACUAAAUCGUAUUCCUGAGUGUCUAGAACGGUCAAGCAGCGUCCACCCAAAAGUAUAGCUAAUCAGAUUAAUGUAGGCUCAAAAUGUCCUAAAUAAGAUGUGCAUAUUUUAAAUGGACUUUCCUGUCACAGCCCUUUGCUCCAUCCAUUUAUCAGCAUGUGAGCAGAUGGGAACAAUUCAGAGACUUUCAUUUUUGCCAGCUAGCUGCUGAGAGGGACAGUCACCACCCUGGAGGCACUGUCUUGGCAGAGUGAUGUUGUGAGAACUUCUGAAUUAAUUCCAUUCACUGUUUGUCUGUUCAGGACUUUGAGAAAAACCUGGUAGCCUCCACUGGCCUGGUAUUUAGAUGGUAUUCUUGAGCAUAGCACGGACAGUGUUUCUUUUUGGCAGAUCUGUGCUUUGUGAGUUGAUCUAGAUCAGCCCACUUGGCACUGUACUUUGUCACUUCCAGCAGUGGAGAUCUGUUGAGUUGCAGUCUACUUGCUUCCUUUCUCGUGGGAACCUGUGUGGUGUCUCUUCUCACCUGACAGAGUAUGUUAUCCUUGUUCAAGUUUUAUGUCUUUCUUUAGAUGCUCAAUUCCUUCAUGUUAGCACUGAAUAUAUAUGGGUUCAGUAAGGUAUCUAAGCACGUGAGUAACUUUAAGCUUCUGAGUAGGUUUCCUUAUUUUUAUGAAGACUGUAAUAUGCCUGAAGUCAAGACACGUACUUGGAUGCCUUACGGGAGUGUCUUUGUGGCUGAAACACAAACCACCUCAGGAGAACUACUUGCAAGGAGGGGCAGCCUGAGCUGUGAGGGGCCUGUCCCCACCUGACACUGCAGAACUUCUCUGCAGUACACAGACUGCAUGCACUGUGAGCAGCCGCUCCUGAGUGGUUCCUGGGAUUUUCUUGAGGUUUUUUGCUCUACUGUCACCAUGAGCUUGGAUCUUGAUGGAGAGAGGGUAACCUCCAGGAAAGUGUUGAGAACCACUCCUGAAGAAGCAAGCUGGCGUUCCCUGGCUUUUUACACUGUUAAGUUUAUUUGAAGAUGAUGUGCUGAGACUGCGUGUGUUUGGUGCUGGUUUGUUUUUUUCACUAUGCUGUACAUUUGUAAAGUUUUACAGAAAACAAUAAUUAAAUAUGUUUCCUUUUUUCUCAUUUAGUCUCACGCUGUCAUUUUCUCACCAUUUCCCCCUUGCCCCUUACUCAUCUCCCCUUUCCCACCUGAGGGGGGUGGUAAGUGACAAUAACUGUCUGAAAUUUAACAGGUUCACUUGUGAGAUGAUGCACUGGCCGACCCACUGAUGGACUGUGAUCAUGUGUUAAAACUAAUGUUCCGCUUAUUAGGAGAAAACUCCUGUAAAGCCUUACAGGAGUUUUUUGCUCUACUGCUCUACUGCCAUAACACAGGCAUGCUCUGCGCAAGCACCUGCUCCCCCCUUGCCCUUCCUGAAGGCCAAGGAUCUUCAUAGUAUGCCUUUACUGGAAAAUGUCUGAAGAUAAUGUAACUGUGCCAUCAUCUUCCUUCAGGCUUUUGGCCAUGGUUGUUUUCUAGGUUAGCAGCAGUCUUCUCACCACCAGAUGGCACCUAAAUCCUAAUCGCUAUUGCAAAUUCAGCUUUUCAACAAAAGCACAGUAACUUUUCCUUGAAAAA